ACGGCCUGAGGGGCGGGGCCAAAAGAGAACGGCCUGAGUGGCAAUAACGGGCCUCUCUAUCCUUGGCCGUGACACCUCAUUCGUUUCCGGUGGAACUUCCACUUCCGGAUAAGGCGGGCAGCAAGCAGAGGGUCUUUGGGUCGACCUCACCUGGAAUACUGUGUCUAAUUCUGGGCACCACAAUUCAAAAGAGAUAUUGACAAGCUGGAAGGUGUCCAGAGGAGGGCGACUAAAAUGAUCAAAGGUUUGGAGACCAUGAAUCCCUAGGAAGAUCGUCUUAAAAGAACUGGCUCACUUGGAGCAUGUGAAGCAAGCUGAGAAACUGAGUUCCACUAUGUGGUAUAUAAUGCAGAGCAUUCAGAGUAAAUAUUCUUUGUCAGAGCGUUUGAUUCGGACUAUAGCAGCCAUCAGAUCUUUUCCGCAUGACAAUGUUGAAGACCUUAUCAGGAGGGGUGCGGAUGUUAACUGUAUGCAUGGUACAUUGAAGCCACUACACUGUGCUUGCAUGGUUGCUGAUGCUGACUGCAUUGAGCUGUUGUUGGAAAAAGGAGCGGAGGUUAAUGCCCUUGAUGGGUACAACCGGACAGCUCUUCAUUAUGCGGCAGAGAAGGAUGAGACCUGUGUGGAAAUCCUCUUAGAAUACGGGGCCAAUCCAAAUGCCUUGGAUGGCAACAAGGACACCCCUCUCCACUGGGCUGCUUUUAAGAACAAUGCUGAGUGCGUCCGAACACUCUUAGAAAGUGGUGCCUUUGUCAACGCUCUGGAUUACAAUGACGACACCCCCCUGAGCUGGGCAGCAAUGAAGGGGAACCUAGAAAGUGUGAGCAUCCUUCUGGAAUAUGGGGCUGAGGUCCGGGUGGUCAACCUGAAAGGGCAAACCCCAAUCUCGAGGCUGGUUGCCCUCCUGGUCAGAGGACUUGGCACUGAGAGGGAGGACUCCUGCUUUGACCUCCUCCACCAAGCAGUGGGACACUUCGAAUUGCGGAAGAACGGGGCCAUGCCUCGUGAGGUCCUGCGGGAUCAGCAGCUGUGCGAGAAGCUAACCACACUUUGCUCUGCUCCAGGCACCUUAAAGACGCUGUCACGCUAUGCUGUACGCCACAGCCUGGGGGUACGAUUCCUGCCAGAUGCCGUGAAGGAACUGCCUUUGCCUGAAUCGCUAAAAGAAUAUGUGCUGCUUAAGUGACAGCAGAAAGCUUUGUUGGAUUUUGUUAAUCGUGCUGAUUGGUUGAUUUCUGUGCAGCGUCUUUCUGGGCACUUUGCACUGAUGGUUGCGGUGACAUGGAUAGAUUUUGCAGCGCUGUCUGUAACCUCACAGGCAAAUGUGAAUCUUCCUCACUCUGCUCUCAGCCAAUUUCCCUCAGCUUUUCCUUCCUUGUGCGACAAUUAGUGUAUGAUUAUUUUUCCUAAGUGAAGGAGGCUGGAAGAUGUUUUUCCUCGCUCUUUGCAGCUGUGAGGUCUCAAAAGACUACUGUUCAGCUACUGCAGCAGAUUUCUGCAGGAAUGCUAAAUCUGUUUUCUGUUCUCCGAUAUUUAAUGGACAGAAAAUAGAGGCAUCUUCUCUCAGAGCUGUUUAAUGAGCUGGGGUGGGACAAAAACUAUGAAUGGAUUUUGUCACAGCAAAGCAUUUCAGUGAUUUAAUAACCCUGCUUCAAACCCUUAAGGGAUGACAGGCCUGUCUUGCUAUAUGGUUUGCUAUCUGGGACAAGGUUUUCUAAGAGUCAUGUGGACUUGAUGGAUUUAAACAAAGGAAUACGAAAAGCUAACCUGUCCAGAUCAGGGGAUCCUUUUCUAGUACACAAUCUUAUUGUCUAGUGACAGGUGCCAAAUUAAGCUGGACAGGAAGAAUUAGCUCAAAAUUCCUGGACCAGGUUUUGUUGUUUUUCUACAGAAUAAGAAGAUGAAGUCCUGAUGUGAUGGUUUCAUGUUACUUCAGUCUAAUUGAAGGUUGAGUGAGGGAGAAGCACAAGCUUGCUGCAAAUAGAAAGCUAAUAGCUCACAGCAAAUAAGUUCUUAAGCUGCUCUAGUUUUUGUGUAGUAAACCAGUAUUCAGAAAUAUAUAUGAAGAUGAGAAUUGGUAGUGUAAAAUAAUACACUAUAUUCCCACCUCAUUCUGUAAAUGUUUAGACCCAGCCUUAUUGGAGUUGUCUCGCUGAUUUAAGUCAGGCAAAGUUGUUGUUUCAAAGGUAGAGAGAUUACAAAGUUGUCAUCCACCCCCCCCCCCCCAUCUCCUUAUUAAAAUAAAACCACUAGUGAGACAGCUCUUGGUGUGUUGAUACACUGCAUGCAUUGUGUAGUGAUAUGGAAGUUAGUCCAUCUCCACACUCUGUGUGCUUGAUGGCUUUAAAGCUGAAGAAGCACAGUUUUAAGUGUUACGGGGUCACAGCAUUGCUGGGCUCUUUUUAUCAAGGUUUGCAGCAGCAGUACUUUUAAAAUCUCUUCAGGUGUUUACUGGUUUGCUUUCACUCAUGCCUUGACACUUGUUACAACUUUUUUUUUCAACCGCCAUAUAUAUGCGUGUAGGAGUGGUUGUAUUUUAAAACUUAUAUUUGAUAUUAUGAAUUGGAGGAAAAAAAAUAGAAAGCUACAACGUUCAUUUGCUCCCCCUCCAAUUGCCGUUGGUACAGGUCCCUUAGUGUCAAGCAACAACUGCAGGCUUCCGAUAUUGCUAACUUCAGAGUUUCUAGUUGCUGCCUUAGGUCUCUGCCUAAGCAAGUCUUAUACCUGAAUAAUUGGACAAAUCCCUAAUCCAAUGGAUUUUAAACUCUUGGUAAACCAAUUCAAUUAUUUGCUUCCUAAUUUAAAAGAUAGGGAAUAUAUCCCUGAAAAGAUUAUGAGCCUUUUCUUGGGCCAGAACAAGGGCUGCUGUCUAGAAACCCAGGGGUUUAAUUAGGAUUUUGAUUUCUAAGAACAAAGUAUCUUAGAGUCUUGAACUCUUAUAGCAUGACUGUUUGGGGAGUUCUUAGGUGUCUCCCCUCCCUCAAGAUGGCAUAUUGCUUUGGCAUUUGCAGAGUGAUGCUGGCAACUGAGUGGGAUGAGUUGGAUUCAAUGCUGUUGGAAGGAGACUAAGCAGAUGCACCCACUAAUUAUGGCAACGGGCAUAAUUAUCCUCUUCAAUCAAGACAAUCUUUGUUCUCACCCGAUCCUUCUCAAGUCCAGUGUUCUCCAAAUGUAAUAGAACAGUACCUAUCAUCCUCAGCCAGCUUGGCUUUUUGCUUUGCUGCCUGGGUUGACAGGAGGGGUAGUCCAAUGCAUCUAAAGGACACCAGGAUGGGAAGGCCUCUUAUUGAGCAACUUCUAAACCAUUGCUGCUGCAGUCUUCCCUGGAACAGUGGUUCCCAAGCUUUGGUCCUCCAGGUGUUUUGGACUUCAUCUCCCAGAAAUCCCAGCCAGCGGACCAGCUGUUAGGAAUUGUGGAAGCUGAAGUCCAAAACACCUGGAGGACCAAAGGUUGGGAGCCACCGCCCUAGAAGAACUUAUAUUCAAUGUGCUCAUUCUCUUUGCCUGCAGUCUUCAGUCCUAUGGGCUUGGAACUGUCCUAGCAGACCUUUUGUGAGGAACAAAUCAUGGUGUAAGCUUUGAGUAUCCCUUUCCAAGAAUUUUGUUGCUCUGAGGAAGGUUAUUAAGUGAGCGGAUUACUUGUGUGGGUUAUUAACAGUUUGUUGAUUAAAUGUGUUGUGUACUGGA